GACUGGCAUCAAUACUGUAGUCAUGACCAAGCUGUGCGACCUACUGGGCUCGCGCCCGGAAGUGAUGUACGAGUGUAUGUACACCAAGCACAAGACGCAGAAGCGCAAGAUCUGGCAGGAUGGAUUCGUGGCGCUGGCCACCUCGCGGAGACUCGUCGUGUACGCGGACGACGACGGGAAGGCAGGAAAAGCUGUUGACGAGGCCAAGUUGACUCCUACAGAUUGGGAUCGCAAGGACGAAGAGUACUUCGAGACGUCCAAAUUUCUAGUAGAGAUCGUCAACGAGACCCCCAUCGGCUCCACCACGUCGGUACAGACAGCCAACUCAACCGUAGCGAGUGUCAACAGCUUCGAGUCAGCUAGUUCAAUACAACAGUCAACUGGCAAUGGAGCUAAAGCACGUCCGGGACCUCCUGCUGGUCUGGGAGGCAGACCGCGUUUCUCGAACUCCAAGUUCCGCACCCCGCUCGGUCGUGGCCCGUCGCGGUUGGCCACAUCUGGCGCUCCGAGUCGAGUUGGACACCUGUACGGUCGCAGCACACCUGUCAGUGCUCCAAUUCCAACUGUAGCGCCGUCCAGCCCAACGUUCGACUUCGCUCGCAAGCCCACGUCCGAGUGGGAAUACGUGCCAAACGCAGUCAGCCGUACACCCGACGAGGUGCUCGCCCUGCUGGAAAAGUGAGACACGCUGCGAAUCCAUGU